AAUUAUCCAGAAAGGUGGGAAAAGUUGUAUUCAUCUUGUUUUUUUUAACGCCACGAAAACCUCGUAUUUUGCCAGUGAUGUGAAAAUUAUUUUAAUUGAGAUUUCAAGCCAAUUAAUUUCCAAAUUCACAAAACACACAAAACUGCAGUCACUAAAUUCGCUCAUACAUAAAAAUAGUUGAACUAUUUAUAUCUCACUUUCCUCUGAUCUGAUGGCCAUUUGCCAGGGAAAAUUGUUUAGAGCUCCUAUUGUUUAAAGCAAUAGGAGCUUUAAACAUUUAAAGCAGCUUGUUGUGCUGCUUUGAGCCGUCAACACAGAUGUCGCAACUGAAACAUUCAAAUUUAUGUCCUGAAAGAUCACAUUCCAGCCUUGUAGAAAGUUACCAACCAGUUUUAAGUUCCUUCUCAACUGGCCAAUGAGGCUUUAUUUCCUGUUUGCCAGCCAUGCUACAUUCGGGGCUUUCUCACACUGCUGCAUGACUGAUGUUACACCCACAGAGGCCAAGCACAGGAAAACCAGGAGCAUUUGCCUCUUCUCAUCAAGAACAAUAGGUCAGCUUGCAGUUAACACAAACUGAGACUCUAGGACGGCGUGUGUUGGAACCAACGCUAAAGAGCUUUCUUUUUUAAUACUGAGCGUUUGACAUUCGUAAGGUAAGGAUCAUGUCUCUCCCAGAGGAGGAUCUGACAUGUCCAGUGUGCUGUGAUAUCUUCAGGGACCCUGUUCUGCUGUCGUGCAGCCACAGCUUCUGCAGGAGUUGUUUGAAGAAAUGUUGGGACACAAGGGCAAGGCAAUGUCCAGUUUGCAGAAGGAAAGCGUCCAAAUGCCCUCCUCUGUCCAAUUUAGCCCUGAAGAAUGUCUGUGAAGCUCUUCAGCAGGUGAGGAGGCAAAACUCUCUGGAGGAGCAGGGGAGGUGCAGCUUACACGGGGAGAAGUUGAAGUUGUUUUGUCUAGCUGACGAACAGCCCAUCUGUGUGGUGUGCCAGACUUCCAAACUUCAUAAAAAUCAUGACUGUUCCCCGGUUGAAGAGGCACUUCUGGGCUGCAAGGACAAACUAGAGUUCAGGCUGAAAAGCUUGGAAAGCAAACUGGAGUACCUCAAGAGAAAACACAGGACCUCUGCUGACAUGUUGGCAUACAUUAAGUAUCAGACACUGACAACUCAAAACAAGAUAAAAAACCAGUUUGAGCAGCUACAUCAAGCCCUUUGUGAUGAAGAGUCGGUCCGGAGAGAAGCUGUGAAGAAGGAGGAAGAGGAGAAGACUGAAUCGAUCAAACAAAAAAUGAAUCAACUUUCAGCAGAAAUGCUUUCUGUCACUGACACCAUGUCUGCCAUCAAAACACAGCUCAAAGAAGACGAUAUGAUUAUAUUACAGAAUUUUAAAGCCACUCAGGGAAGGGAUAAAGAUAUGGAGGAUGAUUUUGAUGACAUGUCGGGUUUACUGUUAGAUGCAACAAAACACCUCUCUAACCUGAAAUACAGUGUCUGGGAGAAAAUACUGGACAACAUUGACUACACCUCUGUAACUUUAGACCCAAACACAGCACACCCAUGCCUCGUCCUGUCCGAAGACCUCACUUCCCUCCACUACUCAAAGCAGCCCAGAUGUUGCCCUGACAAUCCUGAGCGUUUCCACGUGAGUGCAGAAGUGGUAGGAAUGACCUCGCUCGGCUCAGGAAGCCACCACUGGGUUGUGGAAACAGGAAGUAAUCAAGACUGGCUCCUGGGCGUGGCCUCAUUGUCUGCGCCGAGGAACGCAGAGGUCGCAGCUCGGCCUGAAAAAGGCUUUUGGACUUUGUGCUUCCGGGACGGAGAGCUCAGAGCAAUGAGCUCGCCACCCACCCUGCUGACUGUUACAACUAAGCUCGAACAGGUCAAAGUUCAACUGGAUUACAACAAGGGAACAGUGUCAUUUUUUGACCCUGUGGACAAUUCGCUCCUGUAUGCUUUCACGCAGACAUUCACAGAGCCUUUAUUACCAUAUUUUUAUACACAGAGUAGUCACCCUCUGAGAAUAAUGCCAGAGAAGGUGCUUAUCACAGUGCUGCGUCAGUAAGUAGGUUUUCUUUCUUUUUUUCUUUCUUUCUUUGUAAGGGUUUAGGCUCCUCAUUUAGUUCCAGGAACACAAGCUGAGCCAAAUAUUAAAAUACGUGAACAGUGUCAUUAUAUCUGAUAUGUUCUUUAGAAGAUCGGCCUGUGUCUUUUUGUUUUGCUCAUAGGACAGUAAUAGAAAAUACUGUAGUGAUGUAUUUUCCCCCUCUGUGUAAUUUUGUUGCUGCCUUGUUGUGUUUGUCACCAGUAGUAAAGAUUCUUUGUGAAGAUCUUG